AUGGCAGACACCAACGAAGAAGCUCCUUCCGGGGAGUCUUCGGAACCCCCACAAGCAGGGCCCAACCCUCCAGGUGAGCCGGUGUUCUGGGGCCAGAAGUGGCAUGAAGGUGGCUUCGAGAAGAAUGUUAUUCACUUUGACAAGACGGCCAAGGUCAUGCGAGACAUCUUUGAGGCAACUCAAGGAUUUCAGAAAGAGCUUGGAACCCGCUAUACGUUCCUGGACAUAGCAUGCGCGCCGGGCGGCUUCUCAAGAUUCAUGUGCAGUGACCCACGCUGCGAGAGGGGCUGGGGCAUCAGCCUGCCUGUCACGGAGGGCGGCUUCCGACUGCUCUUUACCUGGAGCACGCCCGACGAAAGAAAGUUCCAGGUGAAGUUCAGGGAUAUGCUGACUCUCGAGCCAGAAGAUUGCUGUGAGCACCAGGUAGACAUGGUGAUCUCCGAUGCCCAGUAUCUUCCUUUGCGCAAGGCGGACCAGCCCGGGCCGGAUCCUGCUUUGGCAAAAGCCCAGAGCCUCAAUCCGGCUCUUGGCAUCUGGGCACUGCUCUUCCAGCAGCUACGACUGGGCCUCUGCAACUUGCGCAACGGUGGUGUCAUGAUGUUCCGACUGAACUGCAAGGACGGCAAUGUGGACUGGUACUUCGACUGUGUCUGUCAAGUGCUGGCAAUGGUCGACCGAUUGUUUGACUCCAUGAUGCUCUUCAAGUCUGGAAAGUCGCACCAGAGCGAUGGCACCGCCUACAUCAUCUGCAGGGGAUUUUGCAGAUGCGAGUACGAAGCGAUGCAGGGCGCAGAGCUGCUGAGGAAGUCUAUCAUGGUGUCCAGAUACGAGCCAGAUGUCGUGAAUCUGAAUGAGGCGCCCAUCUUCCGUCGGGUGGCGCCAUCAAGAGAGGUUCGAGCCAGGACCAGAGAGGUCUUCUCGCUCGUCGACGAUGCUAUCAAUAGAUACAAGGAUCCGGCUAGCUUCAGCUACACCUCGACGGUGAAGGAAUGGCGCUGUGCAAGAUCAGUUCCAUCCCUUCGCCGCACGGUCCGCAGCACUCUGGGCAAGGUCAUGCCAGCUGCUGCUAGCAGGAUAGCUGCCCAACAACUCGAGCGCGCGGCAGAUGAUGUAGCUGGCAUCAGCAGGAAGCUGGACGAAGCAAAAGAUGUGCAGAGUCUCCGUGCUGAGCUGGCGGAACUGUGCCAGCGAACAAUCCGCAGCUUGCGGGAAAGGGCAGCUGAACUGCAGCAGAUCCUCAAAGCAACGGAGGAGACGCAGAUCGAGGAAGAGAAUUUAGAUGACCUUCGGACAGGGGUGCUGGAUGAUGGCUGGGCCAGAACAGCUGAGCCAGAAGCCGCGCCGAGCCAGUCCCUGCACGUCACCGGGCUCUUGCAAGGCAUUGAAGAGUCCACGCUGCAGAGGUGCUUCGGAAGAGCAGGGAAGGUGGAGGAGAUCCGCUUCCUGCCGCAGGAUCAAGCCAUGGCAUCGAGAUGCUCUGCCCUGGUUCGCAUGUCGAGCUGCGAUGAGGCCAAAGUGGCCAGAGAGAAGCUCGACGGCAUCAUUCCGGAAGGCACUGGAUUCGAAAUGGAGCGAAAUCUGAUGAUCACCUUCCAGGUGAAGAACGGCAUUCAAGUUUGCGAUCACCUCUUCGUUAGAGGUAUUCCAUCAGCCGUGCAGAAGCACCAGGUUGCAUCCCUCUUCAACCGUUAUGGAGAGGUUCUGUGGUCGAGCAUUCUCCCGCCGCGCAUGGACGAGCAGGAUCGCUGUGCCCUUGUCCAAAUGGCCAGCAGCGAUCAGGCACAGAAUGCUAUCCAAGCGCUGAAUUGGACGACUUCUUCAGCGCUCAUGCCGGCCAUGAUGGUGCGGUAUGCUGGUCACAAGGUCUUCGCGGCAUUGAGGGCCAAUGACGAUGGCAUUGAGGAGGCAGACCAAGGGUCUGAAGAGGAAGAAGAUGAUGAUGACUACGCGCAUUAUGGGGUCAUCGAAGAAGCCCCGAAGCCAGCGUUCCAGCCCCUGAAAGAGAGGCCAGUGGAGAUGGGCUCGAGGUGGAAGAAGCAUGAGGAGGCGGACGAUGAUGGGCCCGAGGGAACUCGGCUGUGGGGGUGGGCGAUGCAGCCAGUGAAAGAGAAGGAGGAGUUCCCCGAACUGGGCCAGCAAAACUCGGCGGCCCUUGCGGACGACUCGGAGUCCAAGCUCGGGCAGCCUGUCCAGCAGGUCCAAAACGGAUAUCCUGGCCAGGUGGAGUCUUGGGAGGAGCGGGAGGUGGAGCAGGGGCCGUGCGAGUUCUUGUGCAUGAAGGAUGCUCCUUCUGGCCUCCCGGAGUCCGUCAUGCAAAUGUGGUUCAAACCCUACGGCCACGUAGCGGAGAUGCGACCGCUGUGGCGAGCCUCCACCCCGGGACGACAGGCCUUCCUGGUUCAAAUGUCUUGCGUGGAGGAGGCCAUCAAUGCAGUUGAAGCGCUCAACGGCAAGUCGAUCAUGAAGGGGAAGCCCCUUCAUCUGGAGUACUGGCAUGGUCCCGUGGACGAUGCAGAGGAGCCCCCACUAGAGUCCUCUGCGCCAACAGGUAUUGACAAGUCCAAGCUGCUGGAGGCUGUCCGAGCCAUGGGCAAGAAGAAGUCCAGCCCGGAGGCCGCGCAAAGCACCAUCAAUGGCACACAAACCAUGCAGCCCGGUCCUUGCACAGGCAUCAGUGACGCGCAGUUGCUGGAAGCCUGCCGGGCAGCGCUAGCGAAGCGCAAAGCUCGCGCGACGGAAGUCGCGCCGUGGCAACCUUCGGCCGUGCCGGCGGACGCCGUGGAGGAAGAAGCUCCCGUAGUGGAGGAAGCUGCCCUCCAGGAAGAAGCCCAAGACGAGAAAGCCAUCCAAGAGGAGGAUGAUGAUGACAAAGAGUCUUGGGAAGCCUGGGCCAGCGACGACGAAACAGGUGCAGAUUGCGACCCUGGACCGACAGAUUGCAUCUGCAUGACUGGAACACCUGCGGGGAUGCACGAAAUGGUAAUGCAGAUGUGGUUCAAGCCACAUGGACAAGUCCGGGAAUUCCGAGCAUUGACCCCCGCAGAGACGGGCCUGGACAAGCCUGCCUUCCUUGUACAGAUGGGCAGCACAGAAGAAGCCGCAGCAGCCCUCUCGUCAUUGAAUGGCAAGGCCAUCAUGAAGGGCCAGCAGCUCGUCCUCGAAUAUUGGCGCGGAGGCAAGUGA